AUGGGUGAGUGUGUUGUUAGUGAUAAGGAUGAAGUAUUUAAAUUAAUGGACAAUAAAGUUUUAAUAAGUAAAAACAACAACAACAACAAUAAUAAUAAUAAUAUUAAUAAUAAUGAUAGACAUAUAUUUGUAAAUUUACAACUUCAUUUAAUACAAAGAAUAAUCUUGGCUAUUGAUGAUGAUAUUGAUAGAAUUUGUUUUAGUUUUAGUUGCAAAAGAUGGUUUAUCAAUAGAAAUAAAUACCUUUUACUAAAUUGUGAUUUGUUUAUUUUGAAAUCAAGUUCUCAUGUUUUGAAUGAGAAGAGAUUCUAUUCUUUAAAUUCAUUCAAAGAUAUAAUUUCUAAAUCAUUUGACCACAAAGAAAUUGGUGUAGAUUAUAACCCGAAAAACAAAGGUCCAUUUUCCACACCAUACGGACAAAUGAUAACAUUAGCCAACUAUAGAAAUUUAGUAUUUGCAAAGGACUAUGAGUCCAUUAGGUUCCUUUGUCAUUGUUAUUUGGAAAUCCAGAGUGAUAUCGAUGUUAAGAGCUAUAGAUUACCUUCGAAUGUAAAGGAAGUAAUUUCUAUUCAUGCCUUGAGAGAGUCGUUUCUGCCAUUGGGAUUGGAGAGGCUGGAGAUCAAUGUACAGAUAAGAAAUAUAGAUGUCGCACUGUUACCGAGAUCAUUGAAAGUACUAAAGAUCAAAGGAAUGCGAUACGAUUCUUGGACUAUCGAUUUCAGAUGGCUGCCACCCAACCUUGAAGAACUAAAGUGUGUCGCAAGAAAAAGAUAUGACUCUGACAACUUCACCCAACUGCCUUCGACACUGAAGAUCCUAACUAUCUCAAAGAGUUGGUUAGAGAAUAUCAGUCAACUACAAUCGAUCCAUACUCUUAGGAUUGUCGUGCAGAGCAAUGAUACACGUCCAUUCGAACCAGGUAUCAUUCCGGAUUGUGUCAGAAAUCUGACUAUUAAAAGUUGUAUCUACCGUAAGAACAUUGCCAUAGAGAUACUACCACCAAACCUAAAGUAUUUGAAACUGGUCAAAUAUUUCAAUUUCAAAAAACAUAUAUUCUCAUCUCUGGCCAGUUUGGAAACAUUGGAUCUAUCGACGGUGAAUUUGGAAAAGAAACUUAAAUUGGGAAAACUUCCUACCAAACUUGUCAAUCUUUUCAUGCCAUCAUGGUAUCCGCAUCAAAUUAAGAAUCUAAAUAUUAAAGGAUUGAAAUCUUUAGAGAGAUUAGACUUGGGAGGAUCGUUUGGUAAGGUCAAAGGGUUACCCAAAUCAAUCAAAACACUCUGCUUUAAUAACGAUAAUAGAUUGCUGAUCUCUCGCAAUUCAAUACCGAAAUCAGUGGAGACCAUUCAAUUCAAACAGAGUGAUUUAUCAAUGGUUAUGAACAAAUCGUUUUGGCCAAAUGUCAAGUCAAUAUGGACCAAUUGUGAUUUUAACUUUCCUAAAUCAAAGACCAAUGAAAUUCCACAAACUAUAACAUCGAUUACAUUUGGACGUAGAAAAGGUCGAAUCGACUAUCAAGCAAGACGUCUUUCCGAUCAAUAUUUUCUAGUGUUGGGAUGCAACAGAGCAACCAUUGUUCAUUUCAAAUUUUUAUCAACUUGGUUAAAGUUAUUAAUUUAUUAA